UAAAAUCACCGGUAAUCAAUGGCGCAAAACGCUAGAGAGAAACCAUAUUCCCUUACGUUAGCAUUCUACAAUGCUAACGGACUCGCGCGACAACGCGAUCAAAUUUACGAAUUCCUCCGCGACAAUCUUGUAGAUAUUCUGCUAGUGCAGGAGACCUGCCUGAAGCCCUCGCGUCGUGACCCGAAAGUCGCGAAUUACGUCAUGGUUAGGAAUGACAGACUCACCGCCUCCAAAGGCGGGACUGCCAUUUACUAUAGGCGGGCCCUGCACGUUGUCCCUCUCGAUACCCCCUCGCUCUCACAUAUCGAGGCGUCAGUGUGCCGUAUCUCGCUGACGGGACACCAGCCGAUCGUCAUCGCAUCCGUCUAUCUCCCCCCGGACAAGCCCCUUCUGAGCAGUGACAUCGAGUCACUGUUCGGCAUGGGAGACUCCGUCAUCCUGGCAGGCGAUUUAAAUUGCCACCACACUAGGUGGAACUGCCACAGUUCAAACAUAAAUGGUAGGCGUCUCGACGCGUUUAUAGACGACCUUACCUUUGAAGUAGUCGGUCCCCCAACUCCAACAUGUUAUCCGUAUAACAUCGCGCUCCGUCCGAGCACUAUAGACCUGGCACUGCUGAGGAACGUAACUCUGCGCUUGCGUUCCAUCGAAGCAAUGUCAGAGCUCGACUCAGACCACCGACCUGUCGUUAUGCAGCUCGGUCGCCCCCACAACCCAGUCACAGCUACGAGGACCAUGGUGGACUGGAAGAAGCUGGGCAAAUGCUUAGCCGAUGCCGCUCCACCAAUCCUCCCCUGCGGCCCGGAUUCAACUCCCUCCCCCGAGGACACAGUCGAAUCCAUAAACAUCAUCACGGAUCACAUCUCUUCCGCGAUCAUAAGAUCCUCAAAAGAAGUCGAUGUGGAGGAUAGCUUCCACCGCAUCAGACUGUCCCCCGAACUUAGGAACCUCCUAAGAGUUAGAAACGCGGCAAUCCGGGCCUACGAUCAACUUCCCACGCACUCAAACCGGAUUCGGAUGCGUCGUCUACAGCGAGAUGUAAAAUCUCGCCUAAGCGACGCCCGAAAUGAGAAUUGGGAUAGUUACUUAGAAGGACUCGCGCCCUCUCAUCAAGCAUACUGGCGACUAGCAAGGACUCUCAAGUCCGAAACUACCGCUACUAUGCCUCCUCUCGUACGCCCUUCAGGCCAACCACCGGCUUUCGAUGACGAUGACAAGGCAGAGUUGCUGGCCGAUGCACUGCAAGAGCAGUGCACCACCAGCACUCAAUACGCGGACCCCGAACACACCGAGGCAGUCGACAGGGAGGUCGAGCGCAGAGCUUCCCUGCCACCCUCGGACGCGUUACCCCCCAUUACCUCUGACGAAGUUAGAGAAGUAAUAGACAACCUUCAACCUAAGAAGGCACCCGGCUCCGACGGCAUCCGCAACCGCGCGUUAAAACUCUUACCAGUCCAACUGAUAACAAUGUUGGCUACCAUCUUAAAUGCUGCUAUGACGCACUGCAUCUUUCCGGCGGUAUGGAAAGAAGCAGACGUUAUCGGUAUACACAAGCCGGGCAAACCGAAUAAUGAAACCGCUAGUUACCGACCGAUUAGUCUCCUCCCAGCGAUAGGCAAAAUUUACGAACGGCUCCUUCGGAAACGCCUCUGGGACUUCGUUACCGCGAAUAAAAUUCUAAUAGACGAGCAGUUUGGAUUCCGCGCCAAACACUCGUGCGUACAACAAGUGCACCGCCUCACGGAGCACAUCUUAAUAGGGCUAAAUAGGCGUAAACAAAUCCCGACCGGCGCCCUCUUCUUCGAUGUAGCGAAGGCGUUCGACAAAGUCUGGCACAACGGUUUGAUCUACAAACUGUACAACAUGGGAGUGCCAGACAGACUCGUGCUCAUCAUACGAGACUUCUUGUCGAACCGUUCGUUUCGAUAUCGAGUAGAGGGAACUCGUUCUCGUCCCCGUCAUCUGACUGCCGGAGUCCCGCAAGGCUCCGCACUCUCCCCGUUACUAUUUAGUUUGUAUAUCAACGAUAUACCCCGGUCUCCGGAGACCCAUCUAGCGCUCUUCGCCGAUGACACGGCUAUCUACUACUCGUGUAGGAAGAUGUCGUUGCUUCAUCGGCGACUCCAGACCGCAGUAACCACCAUGGGACAGUGGUUCCGGAAGUGGCGAAUAGACAUUAACCCCACGAAAAGCACAGCGGUGCUAUUCAAAAGGGGUCGCCCUCCGAAUACCACUUCGAGCACCCCACUCCCCAGUAGGCGCGUAAACACCUCCGCCGUUAGCCCCAUCACUCUCUUUGACCAGCCCAUACCGUGGGCCCCGAAGGUCAAAUACCUAGGCGUCACCCUCGACAGAGGGAUGACAUUCCGUCCCCACGUAAAAACGGUACGCGAUCGCGCCGCGUUUAUACUAGGACGACUCUACCCAAUGCUUUGUAGACGAAGCAAACUGUCCCUCCGUAACAAGGUAACCCUCUACAAAACUUGCAUACGCCCCGUCAUGACGUAUGCAAGCGUAGUGUUCGCUCACGCGGCCCGCACCAACUUGAAACCCCUUCAGGUAAUACAAUCCCGAUUCUGCAGGAUAGCCGUCGGAGCACCAUGGUUCCAGAGGAACGUGGACCUCCACGAUGACCUGGAGCUCGACCCCGUCAGUAAGUAUCUACAGUCGGCAUCGCUGCGCCACUUUGAGAAGGCGGCACGACAUGAGAACCCUCUUGUCGUGGCCGCCGGAAACUACAUACCCGAUCCUGUAGACCGUUUGGUAAACCGUCGACGUCGCCCAAAGCACGUCAUCACGGAUCCUCCUGAUCCACUAACGGUGCUUUUAGGCAAUACAAGCACCGGUCACCGUCCUCGCCGAACCCGUCGCUUGCGACGAAGGGCUCGACGAGCGAAUUAACCCACAGACACAGCCCACUGAGUUUCUCGCCGGAUCUUCUCAGUGGGUCGCGCUUCCGAUCCGGUGGUAGAUUCUGCGAAGCACUGCUCUUGCUAGGGCGGUGUUAGCAAUUCUCCGGUUUGAGCCCCGCGAGCUCACCUACACAAGCUAGGGUAAGCUGAAAUAGCCUCUCAAGGCUAUCAGCAUAGGUAGGAAAUAAAAAAAAAAAGUCGCGACAGCAUAUGUCUGACUAUUAUAGUUAUGCCGCAAUAAGUACUCUUUUAUUUAAAAAAAUAAAACAACGUCAUUAAAAUUUUUGUUAAAGACCCGAGCGGAGCCGGAGCGAGCCGCUAGUGUUUUUAUAUAUCUUUUUAGCUUUUGAUGUGUAUUGCGUGCCUAAUAAAUAAAAAAUAAAUAAAAAAAUGGUUUCAUGGAAAAAAAGUAUUAUUUUUAAAUCAUUACGACUGCGCAUAUCAGAAAAAGAUACUAAUAUUCAGUGUACCCGCGGCUUUAGUGCGAAAACAAAGUCAAAGUUCAUUAUAAACAUUGAAAUUUAUCAUUUAGUUUGUGCACGUUCUCGCUAAAGGAAACUGGAUGUCCAAGAUGAACGCAGCAACCCUUCUCAUCUUUGUGGUGGGACUAAGCGUCACAGCUUCCAAAGUGCUCAACGGCUCAGUUUUUAGACAGCGCAGCGUGGAGCUAUAUUCGACUGAGGAUCAAGUCGUGGGCGCUUUUGUUAUAUCCAACGCAGAGAAAAGCGACGGCAAGAUAUACACAAUACACGCUGAUGUUAACGAUAAUCGAAGAGAAAAAGGCGUAUACGAAGUAGAUUUAAAUCUAAACACCACAGUCAAAAUUUUGGACAAAGGAAGGGAUUUAUGUUAUGAUGAUGACAGCACGAUAUACGUAGCUAGCAAUGACGGGAUAUAUGUAUAUAAAACCGGAGAUAAAAGCUUUAAAAAAUAUGGUACUUUCAAAGCUGACGUUAUAAGCCUAACAAAAAUGAACGGAAGCGAUUUGUUUUACGCCGUAACAAACGACAAUAAAGCUUACAAAGUCACUGAAAAUGGUAACAAAUACGUUUUGGAUGAUAAAUUGAAAGCCGUCAAACAAGUUAUGUUUGAUAACUUCAAUGUAUUGCACUAUGUCACUUUGGAUAAUGAAGUAUUUAAAGUGAAAGAGACUAUGGAAAAAAUCGAUUUUAAUGUUAAAAUCGAUUACGUUAGGCUCUUGAAGUCGAGCGCAACUGAAGAUGACGCCCUUUUUCUUUUAGUCAACAACGACCUGGUGGUUAUUAAAUCGACAGGAAUAUUGAAAGUUGUCGAGAACUUGGGGAAAGUGUCAGCAUUUUCUAAGGAAACCGAUUCAUUGCUUAUAUACGCGGUGGAUAAAAAAGUUUACGGAUUUAUACCGCUUUUGUAUGUGAUCGGUUCUUUUGCUGAUGUUUUGUCUUUAAAAUAUUAAUUGAUGUUCAUUGGGGUAAAAUCUAAAAGCGUUAAGUGAUUGAUAAUAAAAGCAAUUUGAUUAAA